AUGGAACGAGCUCGCAGACGUCUAGCUUCUGCAAUUGAUGGUCUAAGAGCACAAUUCACAGAUGCUGAUUCGCAGGAAGGCCCUUCUUCGUCUUCUGCUUCGACAAUUGCCAAAAUUCAUUCAAUGAUAAUCCGUCACGGCUUCCCUGACGGCCCUAGAUGUAUGGCCUUUGAUCCAGUUCAGAAAUUAUGCGCAAUUGGUGCUGCCCGUGGAUCUGUUAGAUUACUAGGACAGGCCGGUGUUGAACAUUUUUUACAGCAUGAUUCUGAUGAGCCUGUCACUCACAUUCAAUUUCUCGUUAACGAGGGAGGGUUAAUUACAGCUUUGGGGGAUGAUACUUUACAUUUAUGGAAUUAUAGGCAAAGAACUCCAGAAAUUGUUCAUUCACUUAAAAUGUCAAAAGAAAGUAUUACUACAAUAUAUUUACCUUUUCAAAGUAAAUGGUUAAUGGUUGGAACAGAAAAGGGAAAUAUUUAUUUUAUCAAUUUGGGAACUUUUGAGUUAUCUACACAAAUAAUUUAUUGGAACAAAGCUGUUGAUAUGAGUUGUCGAUCACAUCCAGGCUAUGUUAAAACAUUACAAUCUUGCCCAACAGAACCUUCAAAAAUAUUAAUUGGAUUUGAAAAAGGUCAUGUCGUUCUUUGGAAUAUUUUGACUAAAACAGGGGAACGUUUUGCUGCUGCUACUGAACUUAGUCCUGUGACUGCUUUUUGUUGGAAUAGUGAUGGAAGACAAUUUAUGUGUGGACAUCAAAAUGGGUCUCUUUCAAUUUGGAAUAUUAAAAAGCCUCGUGAACUUAUUCACAAAACAACCCCACAUUCCCCUAUUGCAUCUUCUGGUGGAGGCAGUUCACCAAGUUCUUGUGGAGGAGCAUCAGCAACACUUCCCUCACAGCAUAUUUCUUGUAAACCAAUUACACAAUUAAGAAUGCCAAUGGAUGAAGGAGCACUUCCGUCACUUACAGUCCUCAGAGCAAAAGGCUCAUUAACUGUUCUUGAGAUGGAUCACGCGAUUGUCGAAAUGGUUCCGCUCAACAAUUCUCCUCAUGCCUCAGUUGCCCAGCAUCCACAUGCAAUUGCUGUCCUCCUUAAAAAUGACCUUUUGGUUGUGGAUAUACAAGCACAAGGGUAUCCUUGUUUUGAAGUGCCGCAUCCGAUGGAUUUGCAUGAAUCGCCGGUGACACUUUUAAAACAAGGCGUUCGUCUUAGCGACAGGCAAUGGCCGUUUAGCGGAGGGGUUGGCCGAGAAUGUGCUACUGGACAUCAAGAAAUGUUGCUUACUGGUCAUGAAGAUGGUUCCAUUAAAUUUUGGCAAGCAUCUAGUGAACAAUUGCAAGUUAUGUACAAAUUAAAAACAGGACGGCACUUUGAAAAAAAUAUUCCUUCGCAUUAUUCCCAUUCGACUGCUAGAGGAACAGCAGCAGCCAUCAAUAAACGUAAAGGAAGUGGAGCUGUAGAUAAUAUUCGAUUAAAAGUCAUUAACUUACCUCAACUUUGCCGUUCUACUGCUCAAAUUCCUUCGCCACCUUCAUGCCCUCCCUCACCUAGUAAUCUAAAAGAUGAAGAAAAACAACCUCAAAAUACUAAAAAGAAAUGGAAUCAACAAUCAGGGAGUAGUAGUGAGGCACAACAAUCUAAUAGAGCUGAAUUGAAACGACAAGGAGCAGCAUCCGAGUCGCAACAGCAUCAACGCCCAUCCCGCAAUUCAUCAUCACAUUCUACAGAUACAUCGAUAUGUUCUCAACAACUUGCCGAAAUAACUCCUUUAAAAGUUCGGGGAGGUGCUUUGCGAAGACCUGCAGGUUAUCAACCAGAAUUGGUUUGCCAGAUCCCUUGGAUAAAUGGAAACAAUCCUGAACGAGUAACCGCAUUGGCAUUUAAUUCAGCUUAUGGUCUACUAGCUAUUGGUACUUGUGUUGGUUUGGCACUUGUUGAUUCACAAACAGCUUCUUUGAUUUAUGCUUGGCAUAAUUCUGAAUUGUUGGGUCGCGAUCCAAUUCCUUUUUGGAGUUCCUUGACUAGUCAAGAUGUUGCUACUGGACCAGGAUCUCCUAGUUGUCCGGGAGUAGAGAUUCUUUGUCAAUCUUCUACACCUUCAACUCCAAAUAAUAACAACAUAAUACCUAUUACUACCGAAUCAUCACCUUCAGUUUUAAAAACUCCAAAUUCCUCUUCUACCUCCUCUCCCUCAGCUUUUUCAUUUUCUUCCAAAGCUUUACGUACUCGUCUAAAACAUCAAUUUUCAACUCAAACUCCUCCUACAUCAGUGCCAUUACCUCCGAAAUCACCCGGACCUCUUUCUCGAGGAAAUACAACAGAAUCGACUGGGGGGUCUGGAAUAGAAAAUAAUACAGAAAAAAGCACAAAUCGGUUUUUGUUGGGAACAAAACUUCAAAGGCCACAAUUACUUAAAGCUUCAACUUUCAAUGCUUUUGCUGCUUGUGAUGAAACUGGAUUAGAAAAUUCAAUUCAACAACAACAAGAAUCGAAUUUUAUUAAUUGUAAUGGUGAUAUAAAGCCUUGUAUUGACUCGCAAGUUCCAUCUACUUCUUCCUCCACUGAAUCUUUGGAUAAAUGUACAAAUCAAAAAUAUUUGGAGGAAUUUGUUUCUCAUUUACAAUUUAUUAAUUGUUGUGCUAAAAAGGGAGUUACUAAAUUUGAUCCUUGUCUUUGGAUUGGAACGUCUAUGGGUAGUGCAUUAGCCUUUCAACUUCAAUUACCUUCAAAUAGAAUUUCUUCAAACGUUGUUGUUGCACCCUCUGGGUCAAUUGUUCGUUUAUCUAAAUCUACAAAUGGGAAAAGCAACAAAUUGCUGUGUAUUGCUUUUAUGGACCGUGAUUUUCGAUUAUUGGCGGCACCCAGUGAAAACUCGAAUAAUAAAAAUGCCAAAAUAGAAACAAAUUCUUUAAAUUCAAAUCUUCAAGAAGAAAAUUUAAAUAAAAAUGAUGAGUCUUCUAAUUCUCCAAAUGAUCUUCAAUCAUCAUUACCUUCAAAUAAGGCAAGCAAGGAAAGAGUGCUAACAAAAACUAUUCAAUCAUCAGCGGUGCCUUCAUCUACUUCUACCCAAACAGAAAUGGAAACACAACAAACACUGACCUCAAAUGUGGUCAAAGAGGAGGAAUUUUUACAAAUGGCUAUAUUUGUAACUUCUUCUGAAGUUAGUGCAGUUGCUUUACCUUCCUAUCAUCGAGUCUUUCAACGCUCUUUUUCUGAUUCAGAACAGCAACAACAUCCAUUAAUUUGUGCUUCAACUACACAUAUUAGUGGACAGCCUGCUUUGUUAGCUUUGAAUGUUGCCGGUAAUGAUUGA